AUGACAAACCAGCCGAUAACAAACCAGUCCAGCAAGAACAAGAACAAGAACAAGGAGAAUGGGGAAGACGAAAACCAACAAGAUGACCACACAGAAAAUGAAUACAAGGAUGCUGGUCACUGCAGCCGCAACACCCACAACCUGCUGCUGGCUCUCACUGUCCUGGGUGUUGUCAUGGGGGCAGUGUUUGGGAUGCUGCUGCGUUACAUGUCGGUGACAGACAGCAACGUCCUGACAAUGGUGUCCUUUCCAGGAGACAUUCUCAUGAGGAUGCUUAAAAUGCUCAUUCUGCCCCUCAUCAUCUCUAGCCUUAUCACAGGGCUGGCUGGUCUAGAUGCUCGCUCCAGUGGCCGGAUGGGCAGUAGAGCUAUGGUGUACUAUAUGUCUACUACUGUGAUUGCUGCUGUCUUGGGUGUCAUCCUGGUCCUGGGGAUCCACCCCGGAAACCCCAAGCUGAGGAGCAAUGCAGUCGGCUCAGUGCCCAAGAACCAGGAGGUCAGCAGUCUGGAUGCCUUCCUCGACCUGAUCAGAAAUCUUUUUCCCGAAAACCUGGUGCAGGCCUGCUUUCAACAGGUUCAGACAGUGCUGAAGAAGGUGCCGGUGAUACCACAGAACCAAACAGAGCCUAUCUUAGUUAGCAAGAAGAAACUGGAGUACAAAUGGGGCAUGAAUGUGCUGGGCUUGAUCGGAUUCUUCAUUACGUUUGGAAUAUGCAUGGGGAGAAUGGGGGAGAGGGGGAAGGUCAUGUGUGAAUUCUUCAACAUCCUCAAUGAGAUUAUCAUGACGAUGGUCUCCUUGAUCAUGUGGUACUCUCCUGCUGGCAUUGCCUCUCUGAUUGCAGGGAAGAUUGCCGCCAUUGGAGACCUGGAGGUCGUGGCCAGGCAGCUGGGCAUGUACAUGGUAACUGUCAUGGUGGGUUUGAUGAUCCACGGGGGCAUUAUCCUUCCUGCUAUAUUCUUUGCUACCACCCGAAAAAGUCCCUUCACCUUUUACUCUGGGAUCUUCCAGGCCUGGAUCACCGCUUUGGGCACUGCCAGCAGUGCAGGGACGCUACCUGUCACAUUUCGCUGUCUGGAGGAGAACCUGAAGAUUGACAAGCGUGUGACACGGUUUGUGCUGCCGAUCGGCGCCACCAUUAAUAUGGACGGCACGGCACUGUAUGAGGCCGUGGCGGCCAUCUUCAUCGCCCAGAUGAACGACAUCGCCCUGGACGGGGGUCAGAUUGUAACUGUCAGUAUGACUGCUACCCUGGCCAGUGUUGGGGCAGCCAGUAUUCCCAGUGCUGGACUGGUGACCAUGCUGUUGAUCCUGACUGCUGUGGGCCUGCCCACCCAAGAUAUCAGUCUGCUUAUUGCUGUUGACUGGCUGCUUGACAGAAUGCGAACCUCCAUCAACGUGGUUGGCGACUCGUUUGGCGCUGGAAUUGUAGACCACUUGUCGAAGGCGGAGCUCAAUGAGCUCGAUGCAGCUGAAAUGCAGAUGCUUCCCCCAGAGGAAGAGCUGGAUUUCAUCCCUCCACCUCCCAUCCUCACGGAAAUGGACCUGGUGGACCCUCUCAAGCCCCCUGAGCUACCCCCUCGCUCCCCUCGACCGCCUAAGUUGAAUCACCACAGUUCUGCCCUCUCCCAGUCCCACUCCAUCACCUACUCUCCAGUCCGAUCAAUCCGCUCCCCAUCCCCGCGCUCCAUCCGUUCUCCGUCCCCACGCUCCGUGUGUUCCCACUCCCCCAGGCCCUUCCGCACCCACUCGCCAUGCCUCCUCCGCAGGACGGAGCCUGGCUACUGUGCCCUGCCCAGCCAUGAUAAUCAGAUUCCCACCCUUCCCCGCUCCUUCAGGGAGAAAGAAAGGGAAAAGGAGCGACUGCGUCGUGAGAGUGAAACAGAAGAAGAAGAGGAGAGGGAAAGGGUUUUGGGUGAAGUGAGCGAUGGAGAUGAGAGCGAUGACACAGCUUACGAUAGGAGGCAUGCAAUCCCACUGAGUGACUUGCCAUGA